AUGGAUGCGAUUGCAACGCCUGGGAGCAGGGGCUCUCAAGAUGUAGACAGGACACAGGAUGCGGUCCCUCAAGAUGCGGGAGAUGCAACGGCUGGUGGGAACAAGUUUCAGAAAGCUGUUGCAGCCUGGAGAAACAUUGACUUGACUUCUCUCAUACCAUCGCUCGACAACGCAGCCUCCGAGCUGAUCUCCCACCAGCGCGAUGCGCUCACACAACGCAAGGACCUGGCUCAAAAGACCAAGGACUUCCGGAAGCUCGACGACGCAGGCAAGCUUGCGGAGAUCAAAGGGCUACUCAAAGCAUACCAAACGUUCAUUGACCUCCUCACCAACCAGUCCAAGUCCGUAUCCGCCGCUUUCUUCCAGGCAUACACCCCGCUGUCCGAAGCACCAGAUCCAUACCCACUGCUCGAAGCCUCCAUCGACUCCCUCGUGACUACCGAAGAGACCCUUCCCAAACUUACUGAGGAGAAUCAGCACCUGCAGAAGAGUGUGUCGAAGCUCACCGCGCAGCUUGAGGAAACGGAACAGCGGCUAGCGCAAGAGCGAAGCAGCAGACAAGCGCUCGAGGAAACCAGGGAGACCAAGAUCAAAGAGAUUGAGUCUUCCUGGUCGGCUGUGCUAACCGAGAAGCAAGAUAAUUGGGAGGCCAAGGAGCGUAGCUUGGAAGAGAAGAUAGAGAACCAGGAUCGGCUGCUGAAGGAGAUCAAAGCGAGCUAUGAGGUCUCGCAGCGCUUGGGACAAGGCGAGGAGGGAGACGCUGAAGCCGGACGAGGGAGCGCCACUGCUGCGGAGCUCGAGAUUGUGAGCUCUGAGCUGGACAGGGCAAACCAGCGACUCGCAGAUGUGGAAGCACGUAAUGAACAGUUACGGCUGGAACUGGCACAGUCUGCAUCGCAUGCGCGGAGUUCGCAGCCUGCGGCGGUAGAGGAUGAUCCGGCUUUCUUACGGUUGCAGUCCGAGAAUUCUUCCCUGCUGCGAAAGGUCGAUGCUGCUCGCUUUGAGAAGGAUUCGGAGAAGAGGAAGUGGGAUAGUCAGGUUCGCAGCCUGGAAAGGGACCUUGCUACUUACAAAAGCGAUAGAGAUGCGCUUCGGGAGAAAAUGCAGAAGUGGGCAGAUUACGACAGUAUCAAGCAGGAGCUUGACGUUUUGAAGUCAAUUGAGUUUGGAACCGGCGAAGAUGAUGAAGAUGGCGAGGAAAACUCCGCAGAGUCAGAUCUUCCCGAACAGAACGGCGCGGCUGUCAAGAACAAAGGCGAGGCGCUCGAACAGCUACUAUUGGCUAGGAACAAGAAGUUGUCUAACGAGCUCACUGUGCUGCGGGUAUCGCAUCAAGACCUGCAGAGUCGCCUAGAAACGCUGCAGGAGGAUCUCUCGAACACGAACAUGGAGCUAGAGAAGUCAAGAAACCUGACUGCGACGCUUGAGAACGACCUCGAGAGGGUGCAACAGGAAGCUUCGAACGCGUUUCCUUCGUCGGCCAUGUCUGUCGCUGGGACAUAUACGUCGAGGUAUCCUCAAUCAUCAUAUGCAAGCCGCAAAGGCAGGGCGUCACCAACGUCAUCCAUUAUCUCAGGAUUUGACGGACGAUACAGCUCGUCGCCAUCGCUGGAGAACUUACGCGGCGGCGAACCUGCCGGCGGCGGUUCCGGAAUCCUCCCAAUGAUUACGGCGCAGCGAGAUCGAUUCAAGAAGAAGAUGACGGAGCUUGAGGCGGAGCUUCAGAAGCAGUACCAGACAGUUUCUUCGCUGAGAUCAGAGAUUGCGUCUUUGCAGAAGGACAACCUCGAUCUAUACGAGAAGACAAGAUACGUCUCGACAUACAACAGGAACGUGCCAAACACCUCAUCUUCUGCCUCCGCAUACUCCAGCAAUCCGAACCCCUCAGCGAUCCAAGUCUCCUCAGACAGCUCGUCGGGUCUGACGAUGGACCGUUACCGCUCAGCAUACGAGCAAAACAUAUCGCCCUUCGCCGCUUUCAGAGGCCGAGAGUCAGCUCGAGCCUUCAAGCGCAUGAGCCUCCCCGAGCGAAUGGUUCUGCGUGUUACGAAGUUCGUCCUGGCGACCCGGACGAGUCGCAAUGUCUUCGCGGCAUAUCUAUUAGCGCUGCAUGUCUUGGUAUUCCUUAUGCUCUAUUGGAUGGGUGCCAGUGAUAUUGAACGGAGCUCCAGCAAACUUGGCAGCAGUGCGGCGGUGGGCGCGGCAGCGGCUGCUGGAGGGCCCUUAGCGGAACAUGGUGAGGGUUGGCACCAGGAAGGCUUUCAAGAGGGUGGGUGA